AUGUCCUCGCCCAACGCCAUCACCAACAUUCACGGUGGCGGUCGUGGUUACAUUCCGGGCAAGACGCCCGACGACCCGCGCAAGCGCCACAAGUGUCAGGUCUGCGGCCGCGGCUUUGCCCGCGCCUUCAACCUCAAGUCGCACAUGCACACUCACGACCCCGCACGCCCCAAGCCCCACCAGUGCCCUCACCCCAUGUGCAAGCGCUCCUUCUCUCGUCUUCACGACCUCGAGCGUCACCGCCAGGGCAUCCACUCUGACGGCCCUCUUGUCGACGCCAAGCGUCAGGGAGUUUCGCCUUCCAUUAUCCGCGCUCAGAGCCGUAUGCGCUCGCGCGCCGAGUCUGGCGGCCUCAUUUGA